AAGCGUUGUAUAGUUAUACACUCACUAAAACAAAAACCAUUGGCAACGUUCAUCAAAAACGUUUUGAAACUAAAUUGUCAAGUUAUAGAAACAUUUUGAAUACACAUAAACAGCUUAUAAAUUCUCUUUUUUUAAUUAUUAACACAUACAUUUAGCCCAAAAUAUUGUUAAAUUUAAUUUAGUAAUAAUCUAAUGUUUAUAUGCGAUAAAAACUAAUUAUUAUUUGGACAAAGCCAUAUUUAUAAUCCUAAUAAGUUUAUGAACGUACGGCGUACCUUUCAGAUUCAGAUUCAGACAGUUUGCAAUUCAAUCAUCAAUUUGUUGUUUGUAUUUUUUAAUUUAUAAUUCGUUAGAAGCUACUAUAUUUUUAAUAACAUCGCUGUAAUUGUGUAAUAAUGGCUAAUAGUAAUGGAAACUUUAUCAAAAGAAAACGGUCUGCCAAUUGGGAUGCAUUAGAAAAGAGUUUAUUAAAAAGUUGUAUGAAGGAAUUUGUAUCCAUCAUAGAAAAUAAAAACACCGAUACAAAUACAAACAAAAGUAAGACCAUUGCUUGGCAAAAAGUGAUGAAAAGUUUUAGUGAAUUGAAUAGCCGGGUAAGAGAAUUAGCUGAAGUGAAGCAACAGUGGCGCACUAUGAAACUUGAUGCAAAGAAAAACAUGUCGCAAGUAAAGACAUCUAUCAAAUGUACUGGUGGAGGGCCAAAACCUCUUAGCCCUGACCCGGAAACCAUUGACAUUUUGAGCAUGAUUCCACAGGAAUUUGAGACUGAUUCCAAUGUCUUCGACAGUGACAGCAUAACAAAUCCAGUGGUUCAAAGUCAGGAGCAGUCCUUGGUGAAUACACCAACACAAGAUUAUUUUAUCACUCCAGGAGAUAAUAAUGAGAAUGUGCAAGAGAAUAUUACACCACUACCUUUAAAGAUGCCAACUGAAAUAGUUAGAAGAAAACGGAAACUAACAUUCAAUGAUGUGAAUGAUAAUAAAUAUACAGCCAAACGUGAGGAAAGAGACUUAACCAGAGAGCGCAAUCAUAUUCUUGUCAGUUGCAUAAAGGAGGAACAUGGUUUAAAAAUGAAAAAUAUGUUAGAAGCUCAUAAUUUUAUUAAAGAGGAACACAAUUUAAAAAUACAACAAAUGUUAUUGGAAAAAGAAGAAACACAGCUUCGAGUUGAAAAACUAAAAUUAGAAAUAUUACUUUUAAAAACAAAUUUACCACAAUAAAGCAUUUUCGUUAC